UGGAACAACCAGAACUAUUGCUCAUCUCAGAACACUCAAAUCAAACUGAUAAACUACAGGAAUUAUUCAACUCAGAUUCAUCUGCAGAUACUGUCAAACUUGACCAGCUUUUACAAGGCAGUACUCACCAGAUACGCACUCUCUAUUUAACCGCUAUUCAUAAAUAUCAUAAUAAACAUCGUUUAGUGAGUCGAGGUGCUUCACUCAUCAUGCAGCUUUGAAUUCUUCAUAGGUUUAUUAUCAACUAUUGAUUCCAACUUGUGCUGUUGUACCAUUACUAGUAUACGGAAUUAUGCGCUCGUUUCAAGUCUCUUCAGGACGAUUUUGUAUAUAAUAUAAAACUAAUUAAAGAUCGGGAUGCUGAGCUGGAAUCACUUGAGAUGGUCAUUGCAGACUUGAAAGCAAUAUCUCACGACAGUGAUGCAAGAAUAGGUGAGCUCAAAAUGGCACUUUCUGAACGAAUGUCAGAAUCAUCCGCUUUAAAAUCUGCGCUACAAACAUCAGAACUAGAACACCAAGAAAUUCUACGCAAAACACAUCGCAUCUAUAAUGAUGAUAUUGAAAAAUUAGCUGACAAGAUGAAAGCAAAAGCAGAUGAAUUGGAAUUGGAAAAAUCAAAAUAUUUGGUACAAAUCAAAACUGCAAUCCAAGAUUCAGAUCUACAAAAAUCAACAUUUGAUUCACAAAUAGCUUCUUUGAAAAGAGACCAUGAUGCAGAAAUACGUAGCCAAAAACAAGCUUUCGAAGCAGGACUGACUGAUGCAGAACAUCGAGUUGCCAAGCGCGAUUCCGAAAUCGCAGCUCUGAAAGCUAUGCAUCAUGCUCAUCAGAUCUCUUUGAAUGAGCAAAUAGCAAUCAAUCAAGACUUGGAUAAACGGUUGCGACAAAAACAAUGGGACAUGACUGAUUGCAAUAAAAUGACUGCAGAACGGAUUUCUGAACUCGAGCUUAUCAUUCAACGCGGAAAUGAAGAAUCUGAUAUAGACAGGCAAGAAUACAACACAAAACUAUCUGAGAUACAGUUGAAAGCGGAACAGCAAACCAAGAUUUUAAAUGCUGAAAUAGAGAGAUUGGAAAGUCAAGUUAGUAAUCUUAAUUUAAAACUUCAAGAAUCACAUUCUAUCAUCAACAGUAAUCAAAAUCAGCACCAUGGCACUGUUGUUGCUUUGAAAAACGAGGUGCAAGUCCUUAAGCAUUCCUGUUUUGAUCUUGAAGAGCAUGUAGAAUCAUUGAAAUCCACAAUGAGUGAAAUGGAACGCAACCACUCUCAAGAGUUGUUUGCUAGUCAUAAAGACAUUACACAUCUGCACGCUAAAAUCACUCGACUGGAGACAGAUGUUGACAAUCGUAGAAAUGACGUCAAGUUACUCAAAACAGAGAUAUCUGAAAGAAUUGCUAAAGAACGUGAAUUAGAGAAACAGUUACUACAAGAAAUACAAACCCGGGAAAAAAGCUUAGUGGAACAAGAGCGUCAGCAUGAACUGAAUAUGGAUAUAGUUACCAAACAGUUCCAAGAAGAAAUUCAAAUGGCUCACGCUGAAGCUCGUGCGUUAGAAUCAAGCAUGCAACGACAGUCAAAUUAUACAGAACAAUCCAUUGAUCCACAAAUGGAAAACUUGAUAAACGAGAAUUUGAAACUUCGAGGUAUUGUCAGGGAAAUGCGUCAGGAGAUGGAAUCACUUCAAACCCAAUUACUACAACCUCAAAUGAACGACGACUACCCUCCUUCACCUCCAGCACGACCUCCAAACCAGUAUGCUGUAGAUUCACACUUUCAACAAAAUCAUUUGAGACCAAAGGACGUUUUGAAUGAUAAUUACAAUUUAGAAGUAGCUGGAUCAUUAGAAACACAUAGACAGGUACAUUCUACACGACAGCUCAACUCGGAAUCGUCACAAAAACACGAUUUUCGACCUGUGUUUUCCCAAAAGCAAGAUCUUUCCAACUUUAGCGACACGAAUGCUGAGAUGGAUGAUCUCAAACGGCGUCUUGAUGCUUGCUUAAAUGAUUUUCAAAUAGUUUGUAACGAACGAGACCAGUUUAUGGAUAUGAGCAAUACGCUGCGUGCCGAAAGACGCUUGGCAGAAACACAGUCAAAGAAAUAUCUUGAUUCGUCUACUCAAACUACAACAAAACAGCAUAAACCUGUUUCUCCCAUUGUCGUGACAGAUAUGCUAAAGGUUCAAGCAGCGCCAAUGAAUCCUUCUAAAGAACCCCUGAUUCGUACACUACCAGUAUCGACUCGUAUACGACAAAAACCCCGACGUCGACUAAUUGUAACAGCUUCAACAAACCAAUCUGCAUCUAUACCGACGCACACCACUCCUUUGGAAUCUCUUACAAACUCGGAAAAAAAAGCACUGGUGGCCAUGGCACUUCGAAGCCGUGGUGUCCGCAACUGGAAUGAUCAACAUGACGCAUUGAGUUGACAUGAUAAAUAGCAACAUAUAAAUAUUUCUAAUACACAACAUGAUUAUUGCUAUAUAAGCAUUUUCAUCAAG